CGAGAACUGUAAGGGAAUACAAUCAUUACAAACCAUUGUAGAAGCAUCAUGAGGUGGUUCAGCCUCUUGUCUUUUGUCCUCUCCUUGGUGAAAAUUGGUUUGUGCCAAGACAACAGUCUUGAUUCUAAGUGGGAACUAUGGAAAAAAACAUAUCACAAGCAGUACAAUGGACAGCUGGAUGAAACCAGGAGAAGACAUAUCUGGGAGAAAAAUCUGAAUCUGAUAUCCCACCAUAACAAGGAGUUCUCUCAGGGAAUGCACACCUAUGAUCUGGCCAUGAACCAUUUGGGAGAUAUGACAAGCGAAGAAGUUGUGCAGAAGAUGAUGGGGUUGAAGGUCCCACCUAAUCAUCGGCCCAAUAACACUUACAUUCCAGAUCGGACUGCCCGGGUUCCUGAAUAUAUUGACUACAGGAAAAGAGGUUAUGUCACUCCAGUACAAAAUCAGGGAGUCUGUGGCUCAUGCUGGGCGUUCAGUUCUGUGGGCGCAUUGGAAGGACAGCUGAAGAAGAAGACAGGAAACUUGGUCUCCCUAAGUCCACAGAAUCUGGUGGACUGCGACACAGAUAAUUAUGGCUGUCAAGGAGGAUACAUGACCAAUGCAUUUGGUUACGUGAGGGACAAUGGAGGAAUAGAUUCUGAUGCAGAAUACCCCUAUAUUGGACAGGAUGAAGGCUGCCAUUACAACCCCACGGAGAAAGCUGCCACUUGCAAAGGCUACAAAGAGAUCCCUAUAGGUAGUGAAAAGGCACUGAAACGAGCAGUUGCCCAUGUUGGGCCUGUGUCAGUCAGCAUUGAUGCCAGCCUACCGUCUUUCCAGUUCUAUAAUAAAGGCGUGUAUUAUGAUGAGAGUUGCAACCCGGAAGCUGUGAAUCAUGCAGUGCUAGUGGUUGGGUAUGGAAACGAGAAGGGGAUCAAACACUGGAUCAUUAAGAACAGCUGGGGAGAUUGGUGGGGAAAGAAGGGUUAUGUUCUCCUAGCAAGAGAUAAGAAGAAUGCGUGCGGAAUCACAACUCUCGCCAGCUUUCCAGUGAUGUGAGGAAUUGCCCACUAAUCCAGAUCAAUGGACAAAGAAAAAGCUGAUUUCAUUGAGUUAUCUCAUUAUACCAGCUGUUAUGCAACUGGAAUUUCCCCUAACAAUUAUCACUAGGUUGGUGCUCAUAAGGUUUAAUGGUGGCUUCUGAUAUUGUCCUUUAUCAUAACACAAAAUUGUAAUAAUUUCCUAGUGCUACAGAUAUUGUGUUCUGACUGGUACCUAUCUAAGCCGUAUGGCCUGCCCCUUAGAGAAAGUUAAUUGUGCAUAAAUCCAGAAUAAUAGUUUUUUAAUAGAUUGGCCAAGAAUUAUGCUCACAGAGUUGGGCAAAUAUGGUACUUACACCAUGCUUCCCAAUUGCCUAGCUACCCAGACCCAGAUCUUAAGUAGAAGGAUCAUGCACUCCAAAAGUAAUACAUAAACCAGUUAGUUUGGCUCUUACAGGGGCAAUAUACACUGUAAUACACAACACGAGAUAAAUAAAUGGAUUGUAUGCUUAAAA